AUGGCUCCUCAAGUGAAGAAAACUACAAAAGUGGGCAAGACUUUUUGCAAGAGUCCUACAGUAAGCGAAGAACGGCUCAACGAAGUACCACUGAAAAAAAUUGGGUCCAAACGCCACCAUCAAAGAAAAAACCAAAACCCUCCUACACGAACACCCUUCAGAAGCUAA